GAUGGCGGCGCUGCGGUUGGCCCUGUCCGUGCUGUGGCAGCUGGCGGCGGGGCUGGAGCUGCCCGCGCUGGAGGGGCCGCGGGGCCGCGCGGCUCGGUGCCAGCCCGUGGACAUCCCCAUGUGCCGCGGCAUCGGGUACAACCUGACCCGCAUGCCCAACCUGCUGGGCCACGACAGCCAACGCGAGGCCGCCCUGAAGCUGCACGAGUUCGCCCCGCUGGUGGAGUACGGCUGCCACGUCCAUCUGCGCUUCUUCCUCUGCUCGCUCUACGCGCCCAUGUGCACCGACCAGGUGAGCGCCAGCAUCCCCGCCUGCCGCCCCAUGUGCGAGCAGGCCCGGCACAAGUGCGUCCCCAUCAUGGAACAGUUCAAUUUCGGCUGGCCCGAGUCGCUCGACUGCGGCAAGCUGCCUACCAAGAACGACCCCAAUGCCCUCUGCAUGGAGGCCCCCGAGAAUGCCUCAGCCGCUGAGCCCCACAAGGGCCAGGGCAUGCUGCCCGUGGCACCCCGGCCGUGGCCGCCGGGCACUGCCGAGGGACGGGGCCCCGACGGUCUGGGGGCCUGCGACAACCCUGAGAAGUUCCAGUAUGUGGAGAAGAGCCUCUCCUGCGCCCCCCGGUGCUCCCCUGGCGUGGACGUGUACUGGUCUCGGGAGGACAAGGACUUUGCCUUCAUCUGGAUGGCCAUCUGGUCCACACUCUGCUUUGUCUCCACUGCCUUCACCGUCCUCACCUUCCUGCUCGACCCCCACCGUUUCCAGUACCCCGAGAGGCCCAUCAUCUUCCUCUCCAUGUGCUACAACGUCUACUCCGUGGCCUUCAUCAUCCGCUCAGUGGCAGGGGCCGAGAACAUCGCCUGCGACCGGGAGAAUGGUGAGCUCUAUAUCAUCCAGGAGGGGCUGGAGAGCACGGGCUGCACCAUCGUCUUCCUCAUCCUCUACUACUUCGGUAUGGCCAGCUCGCUCUGGUGGGUCAUCCUCACCCUCACCUGGUUCCUGGCUGCUGGGAAGAAGUGGGGACAUGAGGCCAUAGAGGCCCACAGCAGCUACUUCCACAUGGCUGCCUGGGGCAUCCCAGCCAUGAAGACCAUCAUCAUCCUCACCAUGCGGAAGGUGGCAGGGGAUGAGCUCACGGGGCUGUGCUAUGUGGGGAGCAUGGACGUCAGCGCCCUGACCGGCUUCGUCCUCAUCCCCCUUUCCUGCUACCUGGUCAUCGGCACCUCCUUCAUCCUCACGGGCUUCGUCGCCCUCUUCCACAUCCGGAAGAUCAUGAAGACGGGCGGCACCAACACGGAGAAGCUGGAGAAGCUGAUGGUGAAGAUCGGGGUCUUCUCCAUCCUCUACACUGUCCCAGCCACCUGCGUCAUCGUCUGCUACUUCUAUGAGCGGCUGAACAUGGAUUACUGGAACCUCAUGGCCCUGGAGCGCGGCUGCCUGCACCUCCCUGGCCGCCGCGCUGCCAACUGCUCCCUGGAGGCCUCGGUGCCCACCGUGGCCAUCUUCAUGCUCAAGAUCUUCAUGUCGCUGGUGGUCGGCAUCACCAGUGGGGUGUGGGUGUGGAGCUCCAAGACGCUGCAGACCUGGCAGAGCCUGUGCAACAGGAAGCUGGGCGUGAGGACGCGGGGCAAGCCCUGCAGCGGGGUGAGCUGCGCGGGGGGGCACUGCCACUACAAAGCCCCCACGGUCAUGCUGCACAUGACCAAGACGGACCCGUACCUGGACAACCCCACGCACGUGUAGAGCAGGGGCUGCUCCCGCACAGCGCACGGCUCCGGGGGUAAGGGGAUGCCGAGGCGGGCACGGGGACACUGGUUUGGGGUGGCAAGGACUGCGGGACCCCAGCACCCCAAGGAGCUGCUUGUUCCUAGAGGUUGUUUUGUUGUUGCUGUUGCCGAAUCCAGUGACUGUUCUAAGGCUUCGGGGGGCAGUGGGGACGGGAGGGCAAGAAUCCAGCCUGUGUUUAUUUAAUUCUGUAAUUUAUUUUAGAGUUGGGUUUUUUUAAUCAUUAGCUGCGAGGAAUGGAAACAACAAUAAACCCUGGAUGUGUUAUUUCAA